UUGGAGGAAGCGGUGUCCACGGCGAGGCAGCAGGCGAGCGGACAGAGACAGAGAGUACGGACUGGGAACGGUCUGGGGGUCGCAGCAGGGCCGGAGGAGCGCUGGAGCCGUGCACGCAGAAGGCCGCCGCUGCAGCGCCGGCCCCGCAGAGGAAGGAAGCCGGCCGGCAGAGGAGGUGAAGCUCGAGUGUGGAGUGCCACAGUAAAAUCAGACGACAGAUGGACAGUGUGACAAGAGCAUCAGAAAGGACUGGGCCUUGCUGUGAGAGUCAGCCUGGAGUCCAAGUGCUGACAAGUUACUGAAAAGGAAGCCAGUGGGAAGACGGUGGCACGAAGGGGAAGCGGAGCCUCAUCUUCAGUCACACCAUUGAUGGAGGACAGAUGGUUGGCCGGAUGGCCAGUCACCUCUCCUCUUAAACCUUUGGAGAGUGGUCCUUUGUCCUCUGCUGGACACCUAUUAGGAAUUUUAACACACUCUCUGAAUUCACUUUUCAUAAACACGUAAAAUUAGAGGGCAAGCGCACUCAACUGUUGCAUGGUAACAGAUUUGCAAACAUGAGUGCCGAGGGGUACCAGUACAGAGCGCUGUAUGACUACAAGAAGGAGCGAGAAGAAGACAUUGACUUGCACUUGGGGGAUGUAUUGACUGUGAACAAAGGGUCCUUAGUAGCUCUUGGAUUCAGUGACGGACAGGAAGCCAGGCCUGAAGAAAUUGGCUGGUUAAAUGGCUAUAAUGAAACCACAGGGGAGAGGGGAGACUUUCCAGGAACUUAUGUUGAAUAUAUUGGAAGGAAGAAAAUCUCGCCUCCCACACCAAAGCCCCGGCCACCUCGGCCCCUUCCUGUUGCACCAGGUUCUUCGAAAACUGAAGCAGACGUUGAGCAACAAGCUUUGACGCUCCCGGACCUUGCCGAGCAGUUUGCCCCUCCUGACAUUGCCCCCCUUCUUCUUAUCAAGCUCGUGGAAGCCAUUGAAAAGAAAGGUCUGGAGUGUUCAACUCUAUACAGAACACAGAGCUCUAGCAACCCUGCAGAAUUACGACAGCUUCUUGAUUGUGAUACGACCUCUGUGGACUUGGAAAUGAUCGAUGUGCACAUUUUAACAGACGCUUUCAAACGCUAUCUCCUGGACUUGCCGAACCCUGUGAUCCCGGUAGCCGUUUACAGUGAAAUGAUUUCUUUAGCCCCAGAAAUACAAAGCUCUGAAGAAUAUAUCCAGCUUUUGAAGAAGCUCAUUAGGUCGCCAAACAUACCUCAUCAGUAUUGGCUCACACUUCAGUAUUUGUUAAAACAUUUCUUCAAGCUCUCUCAAGCCUCCAGCAAAAACCUUCUGACUGCAAGAGUGCUCUCAGAAAUAUUUAGCCCUAUGCUUUUCCGAUUUCCAGCACCUAGCUCUGAUAAUACUGAACACCUCAUAAAAGUUAUAGAAAUUUUAAUCUCAACUGAAUGGAAUGAACGACAGCCUGCACCAGCAUUGCCUCCUAAACCACCAAAACCCACUACUGUAGCCAACAACGGUAUGAAUAACAAUAUGUCCUUACAAGAUGCAGAAUGGUACUGGGGAGAUAUCUCGAGGGAAGAAGUGAAUGAAAAACUUCGAGAUACAGCAGAUGGGACCUUUUUGGUACGAGAUGCAUCUACUAAAAUGCAUGGUGAUUAUACUCUUACACUAAGGAAAGGAGGAAAUAACAAAUUAAUCAAAAUAUUUCACCGAGAUGGGAAAUAUGGCUUCUCUGACCCCUUAACCUUCAAUUCUGUGGUUGAACUAAUAAACCACUACAGGAAUGAAUCUCUAGCUCAGUAUAAUCCCAAAUUGGAUGUGAAAUUACUUUAUCCAGUAUCCAAAUACCAACAGGAUCAAGUCGUCAAAGAAGAUAAUAUUGAAGCUGUAGGGAAAAAAUUACAUGAAUAUAACACUCAGUUUCAAGAAAAAAGUCGGGAAUAUGAUAGAUUAUAUGAAGAAUAUACCCGUACUUCCCAGGAAAUCCAAAUGAAAAGAACAGCUAUUGAAGCAUUUAAUGAAACCAUAAAAAUAUUUGAAGAACAGUGCCAAACCCAGGAGCGGUAUAGCAAAGAAUAUAUAGAAAAGUUUAAACGUGAAGGCAAUGAGAAAGAAAUACAAAGGAUCAUGCAUAAUUAUGAUAAGUUAAAGUCUCGAAUCAGCGAAAUUAUUGACAGCAGGAGACGGCUAGAGGAAGAUUUGAAGAAGCAGGCAGCUGAGUACCGAGAGAUUGACAAACGUAUGAACAGCAUCAAGCCUGACCUCAUUCAGCUGAGAAAGACGAGAGACCAAUACCUGAUGUGGUUGACUCAAAAAGGUGUUCGGCAGAAGAAGUUGAACGAGUGGCUGGGCAACGAAAACACUGAGGACCAAUAUUCACUGGUGGAAGAUGAUGAGGAUUUGCCCCACCAUGACGAGAAGACGUGGAAUGUCGGGAGUAGCAACCGAAACAAAGCGGAAAACCUGUUACGAGGGAAACGGGACGGCACUUUUCUUGUCCGGGAGAGCAGUAAACAGGGUUGCUACGCCUGCUCUGUAGUGGUGGAUGGUGAAGUGAAGCAUUGUGUCAUAAACAAAACAGCAACUGGCUAUGGGUUUGCUGAGCCCUAUAACCUGUACAGCUCUCUGAAGGAACUGGUGCUACAUUACCAACACACCUCCCUCGUGCAGCACAACGACUCCCUCAAUGUCACACUAGCCUACCCGGUAUAUGCACAGCAGAGGCGAUGAAGCGCUUACUCUCGGAUCCUUCUCCUGAAGUUCAACCACCUGAGGCCUCUGGAAAGCAAAGGGCUCCUCUCCAGCCUGACCUGUGAAUUGAGCUGCAGAAAUGAAGCCGUCUGUCUUCAGAUGGGACUAGAGCUUUCUUUGACAAAAAAAAAAGAAGUAGGGGAAGACAUACAGCCUAGGGCUGUAUGAUGACCAUACGUGUCUAAUCCGGAGUGCUUAUCCUUUUUUUCUUUUCCUUUUCCUUUUUUUUUUUUUUUUUUUUGGUUUAAAGCCACAACACCGCAAAGGGAAAAAGAAAUGCAAAAAUCUCUGCGUGCAGGGACAAAGAGGCCUUUAACCAUGGUGCUUGUUAAUGCUUUCUGAAGCUUUACCAGCUAAAAGUUGGGACUUUGGAAACCAGAGGAUAGAUAGGGCUGCAGAGCCCUCCUGGCCUGAGGAUGCUCGGUCCAGCCUGGUUUAGCCUGGGUGUUGCUGUCCACGGUGGACCUAGACACAUCGCACUGUGGAUUAUUUGAUUUUCUAACAAAGGAACGAUAUGUAGCAGAAAGGCACUUCCGCUCGUGAGGGACACGUUGGGAGAACGUCAGUUCAUGUGUGUUCAGAAGAAAUUAUGUCAUAGCAGAGUGCCAGAAAGUGUUUUGUUUAAACUUGUCAAAAAAACAAAAACCAACAACCACCACCACCAACAGAAAAAUGUGGAGCUUGGAAAACAGGACUUUAAAGGACAUUCAGUAUAUAAAAUAUGUACAUAAUAUUGAAUGACUAAUUAUCAAAUAGAUGGAUUUGUAUCAAUACCAAAUAGCUUCUGUUUUGUUUUGCUGAAGGCUAAAUUCACAGUGCUAUGCAAUUCUUAAUUUUCAUUAAGUUGGUAUCUGAGUUUUAAAUGGACCUUUCAGAAUAAGCUUCCCCACCCGAGUUUUUGUUGCUUGAAAAUAUUGUUGUCCCUGAUUUUUGUUAAUAUUCAUUUUGUUAUUAUCUCUUUUUUUUUUUUAAAGAAGAAAUGUACAGGAUGCCAGUUAAAAAAAAUAUGGCUUCAGAAUUAAAACUAUGAAAUAUUUUACAGUUUUUCUUGUACAGAAUACUUGGCUGUUAGCCCAAGGUUAAAAAGUUCAUAACAGAUUUUUUUGGACUAAAUGUUUUGUUGGGCAGUGCCUGAUAAGCUUCAAAGCUGCUUUAUUCAAUAAAAAAAAGAAAAAGAUAUAUGAAUACGACAAAGUAUCGCUGAGUCCAACAAUGUUGUUUUAAAGACUCUUAAAAUACGGUACCUGGCAAUGUUUUGUUUCAUAAAGAAUUGUGAACUUCUUGAAUCUAGGGAAAGGGGGUACAGCCAAGGGAUGUAACAGGUGGGGUGGCGGGCGGGUGACAUGGUGGUAUGCACUUUCUCAUGAUUACAGAGAAGAAGUGAAUAAACUGCAAAGGGAAGUUGCUUAUACUGCAGUGUUUUCUCACUUUGAUUUGCUAGUUGUUAUCAAUUAACGACAGUUACAAACCUACUGUAACUAACAGUGCAGCUGGUCAGGUGUUUCAGUUCUUAGGAAGGAAGUGCCGAGAGUUUGUUUUUGGGUUCCUGGAAUAGAGCUCACCUUUGUUUAGAACACUGAUUUAAAGGUAUAAUCUCUGCCUUUAGAAAAAAGUAACUUUCUCUAACAUUAGACUGUCCAUGAUAACCCACAUUCAUUUUAGAGGAAGCAUGAUCUGAAAAAAUAUUUUUAGGUGGAAGUUUCUUACUUUAGUAGCUUUCCAUUCCGUUUAGAACAUAAAGCAAAUCGCCACAGUUGUACUGUCACUGUUCUAGACGGUGUGGAGACCGUUCAAGUCGUGGCCACUGCAGGAAUCCCAGGGGAGAUCCUUCUCAUUCAUCCAAAUAAUUGUGUGUGUGAUACUUCACUAUGGGGAAAGGAAGGGGGGAUUAGUGUAAUCCUUCCAAUUUAGGGCAAGAGUGUGAGGUCUCUCCUUGAUUUAUAUAUGCAAAAGCUGUUAUGUUCAGUAGGAAUUGUACGUAAGUUGGGAGGAAUGAAUACUAAUUAUAAUCAUGGUCACUACCCUAGUAGCUUAAAAUGGAAUAAUCUUGCGAUUUCAGUUUCUCUUUCUCAGUAUGUGUAUUAGAUUCACCCACAGCUCUAUUUCUCUUCAAGUACUUGGGUGAAGGAUUUGUUUUUUCCUUUUAAAAAUCUUUUUAAAGGAUCGGUCUUACAGCUGAGUUAAUCAUAUAUAGAAUGUAUCAUUUUACACCCUCUCCAUACAGCUACUCAUACUCAAGCAAAAGUCAGACAGCCAGACUGUCAGCCCUCAAACUUGACUGUACUGAUCUGACCAUCUCCCUCUCAUCACAGGCAAUUGAUAAUUUCCCUGAUUUUCCUCUGAGUGUCUUUGCUUUAAAACUUGUGAUGGUGAUAUCCUUCCAGAUUACAUAGAAGUCUAACAGUUAAUCAGUUGUUAGUAGUUUAUAAACUGGGUUUGUGGAUUAUGCUUUUUGGUAGAACAUCAUGUAUGCUAUUAAAUACAAAUAGUUUUAAUUUCUAAAACACAAGAUCUGAGAUUGAAUGUUCUUAAAAGCUACAGUUUUGUGAAUGUUUUUGCUUCAACACUCUUUGCAAGAUGACUUGGUAUGUAGGCAGUUGCCUUAUUUUUGCAUCUCACAAGCAUAAGUGCAAUAGAUGUUUCAUUGAACAGCAAGGCAGGACUGUGAGUUACACCGGACCGAUUCUGCCGAAUGCCUUUUUGUUGGCAGUGUAGUAUGCCCCCCACCCCACCCCGCAUUUGUCCUCUCGUGUGUUCGGCCAGCAGGGCACUUUGGGUUCAGUCAGGUAGUCAUCUCCUACCAACAUCAUCUUAGUGGCUCAUGAGUAUGAAUAGAUACAACGGAGGCACUCCUGAGAUGUGCAUCAGUUUUUCCCCACCCAACGUAGCAUCCUAAAGAUCAAGCCAGAAAGCUAAGCUGCAGAGAGGCUGUGAUAGGGUGUAGAAGUGGGGGCAUUGGAACCUCAUAUUACAAGAGAGAUCAUAACCACCUGAAAAGGCAAAAAGCACAUGUUUGCAACAUCUGACAAUUUCACAGCCUUUGAUAUAUGUAUAUAUGUAUAUGUGCAUGGACUGUGUUUUCAGUACACCUUUCAGCCAAAACAGAUCCACAGUCGUUGAGUUCAAGUAUGUAACAGGCAGAUGUCUAGUACAAUUCUUAUGUAUAUGUAUGGGUUGGGUUUUUUCCUUUGAGGCUCUUUUGUUUUGUCUUAUAAAGGUAAAAAUUGUUUGCAAGUGAAGUAAGAAGUUCAUAUUUCUUUGCUUUUUUGUGUUUGUAGAAGUUACUCCUUUUAGGGAGGUGGUCUGAGUGACUUGAUUAACUUGGAAAUCCUUGUUUUCAGUGUGUCCAGUCAAAAUGUGUUCAUGUGACAUGUCACUGUGGGGAACCGAUUGCUUUGUCAUGUAGCUGGUUACAAGCUAGUCACGUGUUUGGGAAGUCCUACUGAUGUUCCUUACUGGGAGAAAAAUUCUGCUGGUUUUAACAACUGUGCUUUUGCUAUGCAUGGUAUCCAAGUCAGUUGGAUAACAGACCCUGAUACCUGUUUAAGUUUAGGGUCCUUUAAAGAAAGGGGCAGUUUAAGACGCAAUGCCUCACAUGGGACAAAGUUCCAAAAUGCCAAAUUCUUGUUUUUUAAAAAACUAGUUAUAAAAAAUACUUGAGUUAAUUGAACAAACUCUCCAACUUAACAUUAAAUUUGUCACCAUGAGAUAGCAUUAGCUGCCCAGGAUGCUGCUAUUUAGAAAAAUAAAUCAGGGGCGUAUAGCUCAGUGGUAGAGCAUUUGACUGCAAAUGGAGACUUUAGAAAAAUAAAUCAAAAAGCAAAACAAAAAAACUCAUUUAUACCUGUGUAUUUUUUGAAGCUACAAUCUAUUCGAUGUUUUUACAAAUCUGUUUAUAUGACAUUGUUAAAAUAAAGUUGGUCUUUUGACGAGAGGGAGGAUGUCAUGGUCAGUUGUAAUUUUGCCUUUACAAGGCAACCGGGGAGGGGGGGAGGGGGAGCGUGCCUCCGACAUUUUGUUCAAGUUAUAGAUUCCAUGGAGCUAUGUCUUGUUGUUUUAAGUUGCUUUAAUGCAUUGUAUUAGGUCUUCAAACAGAAUAAAGGUUGUUUUGAAACU